ACAAACAAUGAAAACAGUAAAACUCCUAAAAAUAACAUUGCCGUUUCCAAACCAUUAAUUUCUUCGCAAGCAUCUACUAUACAGAAUUCUGAAGUAUCAACGUUGCCAACAUCUAAUCUUCCUUCAACGCAUCAGACUUCAUCGUCUAAUGCUUUAAUUGCUCCUGAUAACCCUGAUCCAAUCAUGAUUCCACAAAGAAAUUCAUCUCUGUUAGAAAAUUUGCCUUUUACUGAUAGAAUAGAGGUCAAUUUAUUGCGCGAUCUAUUAAAUGAGACUAAAAACUCUCCCAAUAUAUUGGUGCUGGAUAUUAGAUCUAGAGAAGAAUUCAAUAAGGGACAUAUAAAAACAAAAAAUGUUGUAUGUUUGGAUCCAUUCCUUUUAGAGGAUGGGAUAUCUUCGGUAACCCUUGAAUUAAAAUUAAUAAACUCAGAAAAUUGCCCUGAACAUGAGCAAAAGCUUUUUUCUGAGCGGCAUACUUUUAAUCUAGUAGUAUAUCAUGGCCACGGUUCUGAAUUACUUACUAAAAAUUGUGCCACUAACUUAAUUCAAGCAAUUUUUGAAAAUGAAUUUAAAAAGCCAUUAAAAAGAUAUCCUGUAUUCUUGGUCGGGGGAUUUAUUGCGUGGGAACAAUUGACAGGUGAAACUGGUGUUGAGCGUAAUAAUCCUAAUAUUCAGACAAAUCAAUUUUCUAUAUACGAUAAGGCUGGAAUGGCUAACUUUACUACUCAUGGUACGCAUGAUACGCCUUAUGAUUCGACGCAAAAUGCUGCAAACCAAUAUGUUAAAGAACCUUCCGAGUCAAAUUUCUACAGACCGAUAAUUUCUUCUCAAGGUCGUGACCUUUUUAAAAGAGCUGGAAAAAUUAUGAAUUUUAAUCAUAAUCGUACACCUUCUAUUAUACUAAAUACUUUGGAUUUU